AUGAAUAUUGUACAAAGUUCCUUCAUUCAAUUUUUAAAACUAGGUACUAUCCCAAACCACGUAGGUGUGAUUAUGGAUGGUAAUCGACGAUAUGCUAGAUAAAGGAGAAUAGAGUCAACUGAAGGUCACAUCUAAGGAUAUCAAUCUUUCUUGAAUUUACUUUAAUGGAGUUAAAAACUAGGAAUCCGAGAAAUUAGUGUGUUUGCAUUCAGCAUUGAGAAUUAUAAUAGAUAAAAAGAAGAAGUACAAUUUCUAAUGCAAUUAAUGAAAUAAAAAAUACAUCAUUUGCAACAUGAUCUUAAUUUUAUAGACAAAAAUCAAGUUAACUUUAAAUGCUGCGGAGACCUCGAUUUCUUAUAAGAUCAAGAGCUAAAAGAAAAACUAUAAGAACUUGAAAACUAUAGUUCUAAAUAUUCUUAAUACAAACUUAACCUAUGCUUCUCUUAUAAUUUUACAAAUGAAUUAGACAAAGCAAUAUAAUCGAUGCCUAAAGGCUUAUCUAAAAAUGAAUUUUUUUAGAACUUAAAUUCUCAUUUAAUGGUAUUGAACUCUCCUGAUAUUCUCUUAAGAACAUCUGGGGAAACAAGACUGAGCAAUUUCUUACUCUAUUAAAUAAGAGAAAAAACCGUAAUUCACUUUAUUGAUAAGAAAUGGCCAGAACUAUCAUUUCUAGAUUUUUGUAAUAUGAUUUUAUUCUAUAGAAAAAAUAAAAUUUGA